GGAUUGUGAGCUCAGCCCGAGGAGGGGAGCGAAGCUAGGGGGAAGCCCAAGGAGGAGCUGCUCGUUGCAGCGGCAGCAUCAGCAACGGCAGCAGCAGGAGGAAGGAGGAGGAAGAGGAGGAAGAGGAUGCAGAGCCCGGCCAGCAGCUGACCCCGGGGGGGGAGCCCGGCCAUGGCCUUCCUGGGGGGGCCCCGGCUCCUGGACUGGGCCAGCUCCCCCCCUCACCUGCAAUUCAACCGCUUCGUGCUGACGGGCUACCGGCCAAUCAGCACCGGGUCCGGCUGCCUCCGCAGCCUCUUCUACCUGCACAACGAAUUGGGCAACAUCUACACCCAUGGUAUCCCUCUGCUGGGGUGUCUCUUCGUGCUGCCCUUGACCAUUCCGUGGACCCGACUCUCCGUCUCAUGGCUAGGAAUAGCGCACUACCUGGCUUGUGUCUUCCCACAGCUCGGCAGUGUGCUCUACCACCUCUUCAUGAACCACGAGGGAGGCCCCGCCGUCUACCAUACCUUGCUCACCCUUGAUAUGUGCGGGGUAUGCAUGGUCAACACCUUGGGUGCUCUCCCCAUCAUCUAUUGCACGCUGGCCUGCACCCCGAUUCCCCGCACGGCUGCCCUGCUGGCCUACACGGGCUUGUCGAGCUACGGCAUCUUCUGCGCGGUGACUGCCAGCUCCAGCUUCCGGCGCCUGCGGGCUUUUGCCUGGCAAGCCCUCUUCCGCUUUUUCUUCUUCUACCUGCGAUGGGUGGGACUGGGCACUGGCCACCCUUCCUCUCUGCGCUCAUACCUCAUAAUGGACGGCUUGGCCUUUCUCGGGGGCGUCAUCAACAUCUCGCGGGUGCCUGAGCGCUGGAAGCCGGGCCGCUUCGACUACUGGUUCAACAGCCAUCAGAUAAUGCACGUGCUGGUGGUGGUCAGCAUCCUUUAUCUCCACUGGGGAGUAGUGGCUGAUCUGCAGUGGAUUGGCAACCACGCCUGCCCCAUGGAAUGAAUGACUGCAUCAUGUCUGGGUCCCACCCUUCCCAUCGAAGAACCCCACAGAUUUAAGAUGUGGGGUAGGCCACAAGUUCCUGUCAAUCAAAGUCUUUGACAAGGGCUGACAGACAAGGAAGGACGUUGUUUCUUUUCUUUUUUAUACAACUCACUUAGAACCAGAGUGGUGUUAUUUUCUCGUUCCUGGGGUUAUGGUUUCCCAUUGCUUUGAGUAUCUGUGGAUAAACAUAUAUAGGAUUUGGAAACCUUGGGGUCUACGGCAAUGGAUUUCCAUUGGUUGAGGUGCUUCUAGAUUGUGGUGUUCAGCUGUUCUUCCAAAUUGCCAUCCAGGGUGGGUGGCCUUGUAAGCAUUCUUGGGUUAAGAAGAAUUCUAAAUUGCUGACCGGUAGCCUUGUAACUUGUGAGAAGCUAUUGAUGGCGCUAGCAAAGGUUAUCCGUACCCGAAGCCUCUUGCAUCAAUUCUUGCUGGCUGCAGGCUUUUCUGCAUCAGAGCUAGACUUCCUUAGCUUUGGUGGCGGUGAAGGAAGAACAUCAUUGUUUUGGACAUCUUUUUCACCUGUUUUGAGGGUGACGUAUGCACUGGGUGAAUAGGAAUUCAAUGGAAUACACUUGUUCUGAGUACAGCCUCUCUGCUUUAUAGAGACAAGUUAUUUAAAUAGACUUUUUAUCCAGGUAUCUUUCAGACACCAUGCAAUACUUUUAUUUUAUUUUUUAAGGGCUGGUUAGACACCUGGGUAUUGAGGUCUGUUGCACUGAGUGUUGGUGAGGACCUUGAGGAAAGGAAUGGAUGGGUUACAGCUAGUCUGUUAUGGAAGAUGCUCUGUAUACAUUCAUUUGCUCUGAAAUAACUUGAAGCACUGAACCAGCUCCCCCCUCGCUCCUCCGGAGGGGUAAUUAGCGGCCUUGAAACUAGAUUGGAUGGAAGGAAGAUCUAGAGUCCAGAUUUCCACUUCUGGUUCUUCUCACCAAAUCUGGGUCUACAGCUGACUUGCAACAUGCUUCAGCUUCCCCUUUCUCUCCGGGAGGAGGGAUUUGGGGAUCACCUUGCAAUGUCUGUUUUCCUGUUGAACCCCACCUACUGCUUUCGCAGCUAUACAUAUUAGCCAGAGUGGGUACUUUCCAGAGCUUAGUUCAGCAUAAAAUGGGAAAAUGUCUUUCUCCAUUUCUUGAUAGAGAUGACUGCAGCUGCCGCUAACCUAAGUCAGUUGCUGCUGUCUUCUUCCCGCCUUCCUGUUCACGGUUGGACAGAAGGCCACCUACCCAUAUUUCCAAAUUCCAGUUCACUUCCUUCACAGGCUGAGGAAUUAGUCCAGCUGGCCUACCUGGUCAGCUAUGAGAAGAAAUAGCUACAUUUUUAACUUAGGGCUGUGGUCAGCAACUAGAUUUUUGAGUGGUCCAUUUUGCAAGCAUGGGGACAAAAGGCUGCACCUAUGUGGCCUUCUAGCAAAUGCUGUGGUCGUCUGUUUGCCCCAGGGACCUGAGCCAUAAUUUAAGUCACCCUUUUCUAGCUAGCUACCCUCCAGAUACUGUGUGUUGGCUGCAGCUGAUAGGAUUUGUACUCCAAGAUAUAUAGAGGGCAGCAGGCUGGGGAAGGCUGAUAUAGGUACUUGGCCAUUGCAGGUGGGGAAAAUAACUCAAUCCACAGCAGUUUUUAAACUUGUUUCUUGAUGUACUGGGCCCAUAGAACACUCUUCCACAUUUGGGCUCUAAAUGUUAAGGUGAAUGGUUCUUCAGCUAGAGUUCGUUCUAAUUUUCAUGGCAGAAGUUUUUAAGUCCCCAUGUCUUUUGUUUGGCCUCAAUGGAACACACCCAAUCUAGUUCACGGAAAUCAGCAUCCCAAUCCAUGUUGGGUAGCCCUUAUGAAUAAAGAAAUAUUUUAAUUAUAAAUUUAACAAAUGUAUUUACCUAGGUUACAAUUGUGCCGCUUUUUAAAAAGCCACAUAUUAACAGAACAUGGGGUUUCUAUAUUUUCUAUGCAGCAGCAGCAGCAGCACCUUAAUCUGAAUCUGUACUGUAUAAGGGGCUGAAUAGUGGAGCAUGUCUGCAAAUAGUUCAAACCUAUUCUGGUGAUCCAGACUGAUAGCUAGUUUUUCAGUGGAGGACGCAAGUCCUUCUGGAUUUCAUUCUAAUUUAGGGCCAAACAAGGUAUGUCGAUGUGUCUUUCUGUGAAUGUGAGUGGGUAGAGAAAUGAAAGCAUUAACUCUGGAACUUCCCCCAUUUUGAAGGGGAGGCCCUGUGACUCUGAGCAGAAAAACAACCAAGAGAAAGAUUGUAAAGGGAUCAGCAUGCCCCCCCUACCUCUUCUGUUUCGACUUGCAGGUGCCUGAGGCAGAUUGUGUUUGCUUUUUUUUUAAGUCAGGGAAAGAUAAAUAUGUGUCAUAUUGGUUUGAAUCUCAGUCAACUUUAGAAGAGAUAACUCAGCUGCUGGAGGUCAGGUACAACUGACUGAGGAUCUGAAAUGACUACAAGACUACAAGAUCUCAUGGGGCGUGUGCGUGUGUGUGUGUGUGCUCAGGGAGGGGCAGUGAGUUUGAGCCUUCUGUUUGUUGUGUGUCACAUGUUGUCGUCUGCAAAUGCAGAAAGAUGUAUCAAGUGGUGUGACCCGGUCUUCCUUAUGGCUGAAUUAAGCCUUCCACAGUGGGGUGGGAAGUGUCUUGUGUUUUUCUGCUCUCAACUGUUAUGGGCUGGGGUUUCACUUGCUGCCAGCGGCCUAGUCUUGUCUCUUGCUAUCUCAGGGUAGACGGACAUGGUUAAUGUUCGCAGCUUCUUUGGGCUGAAGCUACAUAUCAUCUUAAAAUAUAAGAGCAAGGCACCAAAAAUAUUUUAAAAAUGCACUCCAUGCAGGAGGGAGGGAGAGAAGGGAACUGUAGGUGCUUUAUGGUCCAGAACCUCAUUGGGCAGAUGGCAGGUCUGGGCUUCUAAUAAAGAGAGCUGUCUAAGGAA